AAUGGGCUGCAUUUUAAGCAGCAGCUGGCCAAGCCGCGCAAGCUCCCGCGGCGGGGGAAUCGUUCUUGGCAGACCAUCACUUUAUGGCACAACACCCCAAAGUGGGUUCAAAAAGCGCACCACGCAGGAGUCUGAGCUCAGACGGGGUUCAGACUUCACAGGACGAAGGAGCGUCACUUGGCGGAUUAUAAACACACCUCCCUCUCGCUUUGAGUCUUUAAGUCCCCCCAAAAAUAGCCCUUUUGGAGCGAAUUUGUGGCGUAACUGAACAUGCCCGCGACAUGUAGAAGAAUAUUUGCGUAAGUAACGGAUUUUACCUUAAAACACAGAAAACGGAAACGAUCAGCCUGACUGACGCACAGCAGGCCUCAGUUCGAGCAAAUGUGUUGUCACACAUAGUCUGAAACCUCCAUCCGUCUUUUGCACACACCCCCAUUUUUCGGAGUGGCACGCGUUUGUGAGUUCACACACUCGAUGACAGCAAACCUGCCUAAAACAGAUGGCUUCCCGCUCGCCUUAAAGCUCUUCAUAAAUUUCAUGGGUUGAACCACGAGCGCUUCAACACACCUCUGUCUUCGGUGCCUGCAAUACCCCUUGACCCCCUCCUCCUCAUUCUGUCACCACCAUCUGUUUGCGCCACCACCAGAAGGAUGACUUGCUGUGCUUCGGGCUUGUCCGGAUGUGCAGUUGCAGUCUGCAGCUCAGACUCGUGGAAAAAACAGCCAGUAGAGUGAGAGUCACAGAGAGCCCGGGAAACUGAAGGAAAGAAGAUCAGAGGGAUCCACCUGUCCCACAAAGGAAGGGGGACCACCCCCUACCUGAUCCAUCUGUUUGCAGGGGGGACCUUGCACAGCCAGGAAGGCAACAGGGACUAUGCAGCUGGGUCUAGUGGCGCUGGCGAUGAUCAUUCUCAGCUCCAUGGGUCACAGCGAUGUUCUCAAGCUCUCCAAGGCGAGAAGGCAGACAAGGGUUAGUACUGAAGGACCACCAUCUUGCCCCAAAGGCUGUGACCGAUGCUCUGAGUACAAUGGCUGCAUUAAAUGUAAGCCCAAGCUCUUUAUCUUCCUGGAGCGCAAUGACAUCCGACAGAUAGGAGUGUGCCUCCCCUCCUGCCCUGUGGGAUACUAUGGCACGAGGAAUCCAGAAGACAACAACAGAUGCACACAGUGUAAAAUAGACAAUUGUGAAGCAUGUUUCAAUCGCAAUUUUUGCACAAAAUGUAAGGAGGGCUUGUAUUCACACAGUGGGCGAUGUUAUGUCAGCUGCCCUCCAGGCCUGCACACCGACAAUGAGACCAUGGAGUGCAUCGGUCAGCGUGCUUCAGAGUGUGAACUGGGAGAAUGGAGCCAAUGGAGUUCCUGUAUGAAGAAGAACAAAACAUGUGGAUUUAAGAGAGGUUCCCAGUCCCGGGUUCGUUCACCCCUCCCUCAGAUUCACAGUCCGGACCCCUCCCCUUCACUUGUGACCUCACAGACGUGCGUCCCAGAGGCUGAACGGAGGCAGUGCAAUGUGACCAGAACACCUUGUGUGAGAGAGAGGAAAAACAAGGGAACUAGAUCGGAUGAUGAAAAAAAGAGGGACAAGGGGAACGCACGUGGGCGAGGACGAGAUGGUAGCAGAGGAGGAGGAGGAGGAGGAGGGAAGAGGAGGAAAGGUCAGAGCAGGACGACCACUGCUCCCAGUAUCACAACCAGUGCUGUCACCUAAACGCUGAGACCUCGCCCCGGUGAGGCUUAAACCAAAACUGAGCCUGUGCCUCACCAAACAGCACCAGCCACACACAAAGAAUCACUGCUGCUACGCUGCAUUGUCCAAGAUAAAACGAGAACUGGAGGACCGCUGCAACAAAAGAAGCUUUCUGAACAUAUCUUGUGGAGACUUGUCUUUGUGUUACGUUGACUCAGUGGUUUGGAGUUGAGAUCACAGUGGGAUAGCAAAGCCACACAGAAAACUGGUUGGAUUUGGUUUGUGUCGUGAACGGACUGACAGAUCUCGCUUUUCAAAUGCAGAAUUCUUGCUGGAAGGUCGAUGCUGAAGGAAGGCUUCCUGAAGACCAAUGGUGUAUUUUAUUCCAGCCCGUUUUUAAUCACAGUAAUCUGUAUUUCAUUUGUUUUAGUGUGAUUUUUUUUUUUUACUUUUUUUUUUUUGGAGAGGCAGCAGAUGGAGUUCCUCAACAGUCACAGGAUGUGAUGUAUAAACAAUGAACAGUAUUAAGUCUUGAUUCCAUUAUUUCCCAAUGUGAGAUGAAACCAAAAUGAAGGCACUGGAAAUGUUUUGGGGUUGUGAGGGUUUUUAGGAGGUAAUCUGGAAGCAUCACUCCUCAACCCAUAUCUGUCUGUGAUUUAUGUGUUUUAAAAAAACAGCUUUUUUCGAGGGUUUUUCUCUUGGUUUGGAACAAAAUUUUGUUUUGAUCUGACAAAAUAUCUGCACAGAAACAAAUAUUUGCAUGAUUGUAUGCUGCGUGUGUGUGCGCUUGUGUGUGUGUGUGUGUGUGUGUGUGUGUGUAUGUCUGUCUAAACCCAAAGUCUUGGCUUUUAACAUGCAUUUCUGCACAGAUUCAAGUUGGUCAUUGGCAUAUUUUGUACACCUGCAUUUACAUUUGCACAUGCGAUGUGUCAUAAAACUUGUCUUGUUGAACAAAAGAACAAAAAAAAUGGACAUGCACAAUGAUAUAUUAAAUCCAAGUUACUAUUACAUAAGCCAUCCAAUCAUCAGCUUUUCAGUUAUCAGCAUGUUUGCAACAGGGUCUGACAAUUUUGCACAACUUUAACUUCUCCCACUGCUCAUAUUUCAGAACAAUCAGUGUUUUACAAACAUUUCCAAAAAGAUGGCUUCAUGACGCAGGAUGAAAAAAAAAUGUUUCUUCUGAGGUUAUCCAAGUUUGAAAUGUACAUUUCUGGAAGAGGUUUCAUGCUACAUUAUUCAAUUUUUUUGUACUCUGGAUUGUAAAAGUGAAUAUGUCAAGCUGUCUUAUCAGUAUUAGUAUCAUCAUGUAUUCUGUGAAAGCUUAAAUAAAAUUGAAGCUGGUGAUGUUUCA